AGGGGCCACAAAUUAAUUUGUCCUCUUUUCUUCUUUUUCCUAUGUAAAAUCCACCCUCUCUUCUCGUUUGAACAUGGAGUGAGUGCGAGAGAAGAGCAACAAGAACCAAGAGCAUUACCAUUCUCAUUUCCUUCUUCGUGGUUGUGAUGAGGAAACUAAGAUGGGUAAUGGAUGGAGGAGGGUUUUGGGAUUUAGACAUUUCUACUCCAAAAACCAUUGAUGGCUUGGCUUCUCCCGUUCCCGGUAACCCUCUCCCUUUGGGUUUAUCACGAGGUGCAAGACUUUCCAGACCUAGACAACUUCAAUUCAUGCAACUUUUCAUGAAAGCCCCUUUGCUUCCUACCUUUUCACAACCUCAAGGUUUCAGUCUCCAACGUGUUCUCUCGCUUCCCUUUUCUGAUAACUGGGUUGUAUUUUUACUGGGUCAGUUCAAUUUGCAGAAAUUCAUUUCAUCUGUUCAGAACAGCAAGGAAAAACCAGCGCGGGUUUCCUCUUGGUUGAAAACCUUUGGGAGUCACCUAAAGAAGAAGUCUUUGUAUGCCUUGGGAUUAUGUUCAGAGUUCCAGUUAACACCGGAUGAUACUUUACUUUUUGGCUUAGAUUCAUAUGACUAUACCGAUAAACCUCGUGGGAAAGCUGUCCUUCAUCAUAAGUUUCCACAUCAUGAUCUAACAGUGGAAGCAGUUUAUCCCGGUCUUUUUGUUGAUAAGAUUGGUAAUUACUGGGAUGUACCAUUUUCAAUGGCUAUUGAUCUUGCUUCUUCGACUACCAGUGACUCUUCUGUUGGUUAUCAUUUGUCUGCGCACUACACUUCUGGGUCACCCAAGCAGUUCGAGAGUAUUCAAAAUCAAAAUGAUAGAGUACCACAGACUCUACUUCCGGGUUUGGCCUUCAAAAGCGUCUUUUCUUGUAGGAAAAACAUUGAUAUCUGGAGAAGUGAAACUCCUAAAUUGAAAUGGGUACAACCAUAUGACAUCUUUCUUUCAGAUCCUCGCGUGUCUGCAUCAGGGAUGAUUGGUGCUGCUGCAACAACAUAUUUCGGGGAGAAUUCUGCAAGAGCGCAAACAGAUGACGAUGGAGAACAUUCUGUAGGAUUGUUUCUUCAGGCUUCUGGAAUAAAGUCUUCUUUUUUAGCAGAUUUAUUCGGAUCCAUUUCAUUUACAGCCCAACAUGGAAACUUCCAAAGGCCUUUUCUAGAUCUUUCUCGAUUUCAGGCCCGGCUGGAUUUUCCUUCUGGCUCCAAAUUCCUUUCAGGUGCAACAAGUCUUACACAAGAUCUUCUCAAUUCUCAAAAGCCCAACAUGGAAGCUGUUCAGGCAGUUUGCCCCAAUGCUACUGUAUCUCUUCAGCAGCAGAUUGUUGGUCCCAUCAGUUUCAGAGUAGAUUCAGGAAUUGCGGUCGAUCUGAAGAACCUUGAGUUUCCCAUACAAGCACAUGAACCUGUAUUUGCUGUUGAGUAUGCAUUACAUGUACUUGGUUCAGCAAAAGCAGUUGCUUGGUGUUGUCCUAAGCGGCAAGAGUUUAUGGUAGAACUUCGAUUCUACGAGACAUAAAUAAGCCGAACUUGGAUCCUCUACAGCUGACUUUAUGUUGCAGCAGGAUCCAAUUUGACAAAAGCCAUAGCCAAUAGGCACUGUAGAAAUCUUUUCCUUUCCUUAAAAUUAUAAAACACUGGUCAUGAAAGCAAGUUGGUAACUGGUCCAUUAAUUCUCAUGUUGUGCUUAUGGCUUUUAUAUGUAGAUUUUGCUUCUCUA